AUGUCUUCCUCCACAGUAGGCCCGGCGAAGGCGCUGGAACUGCGACAUAUGAACCAAAACCAUGAGGAAAUCAGUGGUUCCAAGGACAACGAUGAUACGACCGAGAUCAUAGUAUCACAACGGGACGACUGUCCACCAGAAUACCUUACCGGAAUCCGUUUCUGGGCCAUCGUUGCCGUUGUGGCAACCUCGCUUUUCGUCACGAACUUGGAAAUACCGAUCGUUACAACAUCAACCAUUGCCAUCACGAAUCAGUUUGGUCGCUUCGAUAAUAUUGACUGGGUUAACUCAAGCUACUUGCUUGGAUACGUUGCGUUUCUGGUGAUCAUCGCAAAGCUGAGCGAUAUCUUCGGCCGCAGGUUCAUGCUUAGUCUUUCGCUGGUCACCUUCAUCAUCUUCUCCGCGGCCUGCGGGGCAUCGCAAAGCCUCACGCAAUUGAUCGUGCUUCGCGCAUUCCAAGGGAUUGGCGGCUCGGGCUGCUUUGCAAUCGGUACUGUUCUGUUGCUAGAACUGGUUCCUCCACAGUCGUACGCAAAGCUUGUCACGAAUAUGAGUGCAGUCUACGCUCUCUCGCUACUUCUUGGCCCUAUCCUCGGAGGGUUACUAAGCGAGAAGGCUAACUGGCGUUGGGUGUUCCUGAUAAACAUUCCGAUUGCAGUGCCAGCUGUCGUCUGCCUGAUCCUUGCUAUGCCCCAAAACUUCCCCUACCACGGACAGCCGAACGAUCGGACCAAAAGGAAUACGUUCGGAAAGGAGACAUUCCAGAGAGUAGAUUGGGUUGGUACCACGUUACUCCUCUUUGCAACGUUGUCUCUCACGGCUGGAUUUGAAGAAGCGGGUUCGCAGUUCCGCUGGGGAUCAGCAUAUGUCAUCGCCUUGAUUGUUGUUUCAGGAGUAUUGUGGAUCUGUCUACUGUUUUGGGAGAGACGUUUGACGUUGCAAGAGACUACAGUGGAGCCUGUUUUUCCAUGGCGGUUCGUAAAGAACCGCGAGAUGCUGAGUCUUAUGCUGUAA